AUGGCCAACGCCGUGGCUUCUUACGACCAGCUGGCCCACCAGGUGGAGGCACUCCGUAAGGAGAACUCCCACCUGAGGAGGGAGCUGGAGGACAACUCCAACCACCUGUCCAAACUGGAGACAGAGACCUCCGGCAUGAAGGAGGUGUUGAAGCAGCUGCAAAGUAAACUGGAGCAGGAGGCGGGAACACUGGCCUCAUCGGGGAGGAGCGACGUGCUGCACCAGCUCAAAGAGCUCCACAUGGACCUCACCAACUACUAUGAGCUCAAACACCAGCCUCACAACCUGAGGCUGCUGACGGACAACCUGGGAGGGGCAGGGCUAACAGGUGUCGGCGGGGCGGGGCCGGGUGGGGUCGGAGGGGCGGAGAUCGACGACCGUCUGGCUCUGCCCCCGUCCUCCUGCUCCUCCUCGUCCUCAGCGGUGAGCAGGGCCAGGAGUCCACUGAGAGCCUCAUCCCGUCAGAGUGCAGCAUCUGGGGGGGAGGCCGCCGCCAUCAUGCUGCCGCAUCACUUCCUGGACGGAGCCCCGCCCAAAACAGCUGUGAUUAGUGGAGCAGAUGGACGACUGAGCGACCACCACCUGGAGAAGCUGUACAAGGAGAGGAACCUCCUGCUGGGGGAGAUCGACCAGGAGGAGAGGGAGCGCUGCUGGUACUUCAGUCAGCUGGAGGAGCUGUCACAGAGACUGGCUCAGCUGCCUCGAAUCGACACGUUUUCUCUGCAGAUGGAUCUGAUCCGGCAGCAGCUGGAGUUCGAGGCUCAGCGGGUUCGAUCGGUGAUGAAGGAACGAUUCGGCACCAGUGAUGAGAUGGUUCAGAGGACACAGAUGCGUGUUGCUCGUCUGGAGCAGCUGGAGAAGGAGCUGCAGGAGUCCCGAGGGAGUCAGGAGAGUCAGCUACAGCUGUCUGGAGCUGAGAAGCCUCCUGCUGGAGAACCAGAGAACAACACGUCAUCGUCGUCAUCGGCUGCAGCAGCAGGAACAGAAGCUGCUGCAGAUGGAGGCAGCAAGGUGGAGAUGGUGUUCUGGCUGCUCUCCAUGCUCGCUAACAGAGAUAAGGAGGAGAUGUCCCGGACUCUGCUGGCCCUGUCCAGCUCUCAGGACAGCUGCAUCGCUAUGAGAAAGUCCGGCUGCGUCCCCCUGCUGGUCCAGAUCCUGCAUGAAGCUCCAGGUGGUGCGGGUGGUCCCGGAGAGACGGCGGCGAGUGGUGGGGGUGGUACGACGACCGGCUGCAGCCGAGAGGCCAAGUCCAGAGCCAGCGCAGCCCUCCACAACAUCAUCUACUCCCAGCAGGACGAGGGCCAGGCCCGGCGGGAGAUGAGGGUCCUGCACAUGCUGGAGCAGAUCCGGACCUACUGCGACAGCGGCUGGGACUGGAUCGAGAGCCACGCUGGGACCCCUUCACCCGGAGGAACCAAAACCACCGACAUCCCAGAACCUGUGGACCCUCAGAUCUGUCAGGCCAUGUGCGCCAUCAUGAAGCUCUCCUUUGAAGAGGAGUACAGACGUGCCAUGAAUGAAUUAGGUGGUCUGCAGGUGGUGGCAGACCUCAUCCACCUGGACCAGGACAUGUACGGCAUGCAGAACGAUCCUAUCAACAUGGCGCUGCGGCGAUACGCAGGGAUGGCUCUGACUAACCUCACGUUUGGAGACGUUGUCAACAAGGCAACUCUCUGCUCCAAGAAGAGCUGCCUCCAGGCUCUGGUGGCCCAGCUGGCCUCAGACAGCGAGGAGCUCCACCAGGUGGUCUCCAGCAUCCUGAGGAAUCUGUCCUGGAGGGCCGACAUCAGCAGCAAGAGAGUCCUCAGAGACAUCGGCUGUGUGUCUGCGCUGAUGACCUGUGCCCUGCAGGCCACAAAGGAGUCCACCUUGAAGAGUCUGCUGAGCGCUCUGUGGAACAUGUCUGCUCACAGCAUCGACAACAAGGUGGCGAUCUGCUCGGUGGACGGCGCUCUGGGCUUCUUGGUGAGCACGCUGACAUACCGAUGUCAGACCAACUCACUCGCCAUCAUCGAGAGCGGAGGAGGGAUCCUCCGAAACGUGUCGAGUCUGGUUGCCACGCGAGAAGACUACAGGCAAAUCCUCAGGGACCAUAACUGCCUCCAGACUCUGCUGCAGCACCUGCGCUCCCACAGCCUGACCAUAGUGAGCAACGCCUGCGGGACUCUCUGGAACCUUUCAGCCCGAAGUCCAAAAGACCAGGAGCUGCUAUGGGACCUCGGAGCCGUUAGCAUGCUGCGUAACCUUAUCCAUUCCAAGCACAAGAUGAUAGCCAUGGGCAGCGCCGCAGCUUUAAGGAACCUCCUUACCAACCGACCCCUGAAGUAUAAGGACGCUGCGGUCGUAUCCCCAGGCUCCUGCAUGCCCUCACUCUACAUGAGGAAACAGAAGGCUCUGGAAGCAGAGCUGGAUGCCAAACACUUAGCAGAGACCUUUGAUACGCUUGAGAAACAGAGCCCCAAGCACCUAACCCUCAACAAGCCACUACGGCACAUUGAGAGUCUGGCGAAGGAUUACGCAUCUGAUUCUGGUUGUUUUGAUGAUGAUGAGGCCCCCAAUAUCUCCAGUAGCCUGGACACUGGUAGCUUCUCUAUGCUGUCCAUGUUCCUAACCAACUCCAACUUCCUGCAAAACCAGCCACGUAAGAGGGACAGUGAACCCGAGAGAGACGUAGAACCACAUCAGAUGGUUGAGAAGAGACUUGCACCUCCUGACGACAUGGUAUCUGCCGCUGCAGAGAAGCUAGCAAAAAAGAUCACCAACACGGUCGCCAAGAUUGACAGGUUAGUGGAAGAUAUCACCAUGCACACGUCCUCAGAGGACAGUUUGAGCCUCAGCUCUGAGGAUCACCUGGCAGACUGGCCUUACGGACUAGAUGAACUCAAUGAAGCCCGGGCAAAGUCCUGCUCCCCCUGCCGUCUCUCUGAUACAAGCAGCCUGGCCCACAGAGAACGCCUCAGUAGAGCCCACGCCCUCCUGCGCCUCAAAACUGCCCACACAAGUGUAUCAACAGACAGCCUCAACAGUGGCAGCACCAGUGAUGGCUACUGUGGCAGCAAAGAUCAGAUGCGACCUGUUCCAAGAGCCCUAAUGAUACAACAACAACGACCCAACCAGCUUGAUCUCAAAGUGGCUCAUCAAGACUACCUAGGACCUACUGUCCUGAAUGACACUUUCCAGCAAGAUAUUCCAGAGAGGGAUUCUGUGGACAACAAAGACGUGAAAGCUCUAGAGCUCGGCAACACAGAUGCAGAAAAGAACCAGGAUCAACCUGUACAAACACCUGUCAGUGCAUCCACUAAAGUUUCCUCUGAUGUCAGCAUGACUUCAAUUAAACUGUCUCCAUCUUAUCAACAGGUCCCGCUCAUUCAAAGUGUGGCCAAAUUUGGUGUAGCAAAAACAGCAAUCAAUGUCCAGGCUGCCCAAGCAAUGAGAAGGCAAGCAUGGGUACCUACUGUGAUGACUGGAGGGAGCAUUACAAAGUUUUCACCAAUGACAUCCACCAAAAGCCCAACCAUCGGGACAAUGGAGACGGUCCAGAAAUACUCUGUGGAGAAUACUCCAAUCUGCUUCUCCCGCUGCAGUUCACUGUCUUCCCUCUCUUCUGGAGAUGGAGCGUUAGAUGGACAAAGUGAAAACGAGCUGGAGAGUGACUCAUCACUAGAAAUAAUUGAAGUGGAGGAUGGAGAAGUGGUGAAGAGAGCUGAAGAGGAUGAAACCUUGGAGGAUCUGAGCGACAGUCAGCUGCUGAUGACCGACUCAAAAACCUUCCCAAGCAAAGAGACGGAUCCCAUUGAAAUCCCCUGUCCUGCCAAAAGGGAAAAGGUGUUCCUUAGAGGAGCUUCACCAGCCAUACUCGAAGACAGAUCUCCAUCCAGUUCAUCUGAGAAUUACAUCCACGAGACACCCUUGGUAAUGAGUCGCUGUAGCUCAGUCAGUUCCCUGGGCAGCUUUGAGUCUCCGUCUAUUGCCAGUUCAAUCCAAAGUGAUCCAUGCAGUGAGAUGAUUGAUGGAACAAUAAGCCCCAGUGAUCUUCCCGACAGCCCAGGGCAAACCAUGCCUCCAAGCCGAAGUAAAACUCCAUGUUGCGUUGAGUCAAAUGGACCAGAAACGCAGACCACAGGAAUAGCAGGCCAGUGGGAAAGCAGCCUGCGAAAGUUCAUGGAGAUUGCGGACUCCAAGGAGAGGUUUAACCUUCCUCCUGAUCUGGACACAAUGAUCUACUUCACUGUGGAAAAGCCCACUGAGAACUUCUCUUGUGCUUCGAGCUUAAGUGCUCUGCCUCUUCAUGAACACUACAUACAGAAAGACGUCGAGCUGAAAUUGACCCCCCUGCUCCAGCAAAAUGACAAAAAUCUUCCUUUCCCUGAUGAGGAUGAGCAAGGACUUGACCAUGGAGAAAGAUACAGUGAAGGAAACUCAGACGAUGACAUAGAAAUCUUAAAGGAAUGCAUCAACUCAGCAAUGCCAUCCAAGUUCAGAAAAGUAAGACCUUCCCUGAUGACCACGAUCCCUCCUCAUAUUCUCAAUUCCCAGAUCCGAAAACCAAUACAUCUUCCUGUGUACAUGAUGCUCCCGAAUGGCAAAACCCAAAUGUGUCCUGGGAGGAGAAUUGUCAUCCCUCAAAAGGACCUCAAAUUUGAUGAUUCAUCCUUCACUGAUUCUGCAGAAGGUACACCUGUUAACUUCUCCAGCACAACAUCACUAAGUGACGAAACACUUCAGUAUCCAGUGAAAGAGAGAGGGGCUAAAGAAUGCACAGCUAAAGGCAUGAACAAACAGGAACUGCUUGAUGAUGAGGCGAAGAGGAUUGAAGACUUGAGGAUAUUCUCACACUUCCACAAACCCAACAGGAUGAACUACCCACCUGAGAUACAAAUGAACCGCAUAACCAAACAUGUCAUUCCCACUCAGAGGGUGCUGAUGCAGAGCAAAGAGGUAGCUGACAGAGUGGCAAGCCAAAGAAAUCGUGAUCAGUCUCCUAACCAACAAAGGAAGAGGCAAGGUCAAGGCUCCGUCAGGAAACUGGAAUUGCCUGUCAUAAAGCAAAACACAGAAGGUAACCUUAAUGUGGGAUCACAAAAAGGACACACAAUCUUUCGACAAAUGACGCGUUCGUCAGAGGACAGUAACAGUUUCUAUGAUGACGAAAAUGAAAAAGAUGAAGUAGUGAAGCGAACAAGUAGAAAACAGAUGAGGGAAGCAAGUAGAAAUACUCUCUCCCGGAGCAUGACAAAUAUUGGCAGGAUUGAUAAUUCCCAAGCAAAGCCCAGAGGGUUUCACAGGAUUAAACAGAAUCUGAUUAAGGAUGAAUCUCUGGCAUGUUACUCACUCAGCUCCUCUCUUAGUUCACUGAGUGAUGCUGAGUUUGAGGAUCAUAAAUCAAAAGCCCAGCAAAUAUGGUACAAAAACAGACACAACAAAACACUGAAAAUGAUGCAGCAAACAAAGCCGAUGACAAUUCACAGCCAAUACGAAGAGCAAAGCUCACCAAGCUCUGUCAGCAUGGAUUCAGAGGAUGACCUCCUUCAGAAAUGUAUAACAUCUGCUAUGCCCAAGCAGAGAAGGAAGCUUGCUGCCAGGAAGAAGAAAGCAGAAAAUACUCAGAAACAAAAACAAAAGGCCUGUGAUGAUUGGAACAUGGAUGAGGAAAUGGAUAGUGAUGAUAUGGCAUGGGAUAAAGAUUCAGACCUAAAUAGUGUUGAAUGGAGAGCCAUACAGGAGGGUGCCAAUUGUGUUGUCACUGGGCUGCAGGCAUCAAAGUCUCAAGAACCAUCCUCUGAAGAGACUGAGUCCGUCCUGUCAUUCAUGUCAACGUCCAGCUUUACACCAAAAGAAAGGAAGUUUGCUAAAGACAAAAAGGCAAAUAAACCUUUAGACUUUGCACAGCGCAAGCCAGUUCCAAACUUACCAGUGGUAUUCAGAGGCAGGACAGUGAUCUAUACACCGAAAAAAGAGACAGCUCCAUCGCAAAGGCCGCCUCCCAGAAAAGUACCAACCAAGACGGAUGCUCCAAAGAACCCAAAUCUUGCUCAGCACAGAUCAAAGAGCCUUCACAGAUUAGGCCACCCCCAAGACACAGAACUGUCUUUGCCAAAGAGGAGCUCUACUCCCCCUCCAAGGAUACCAAAAAGUUCAUCCUCUGGAUCAUCACAAAGCUCCACACCAUCCAAACAGUCACAGAAGAAGAUCACAUCACCAAGUCAGACUAAUAAAUCCAUCCAGAAAAAGAAUCCCACACCAGCUGGUAGCCCACCAGCCACCAGUCCCCCUGAGAGAAAGGGACGCUCUCCUGUUGUGAAUCAAAAUGAAAAAUCACCACCGCCUAAAACUCAGAAGUCACCUGUCCGAAUCCCUUUUAUGCAAAAUUCAGGCAAGCAACCCAGGCCUCUGUCACCACUGGUAACUAACCACACAACCAGCAGACAAACCAAUCAGGUCAAUGGGAAAAGGAUUCUACCAGCUAAUCGAUUUGACCUGGUCAGGAUGACUUCUGUCCACUCAAGUGGUGGUGAGUCUGAUCGCAAUGGAUUCUUGAGACAGCUUACUUUCAUUAAGGAAUCAAAGACUGUGCUGAGACGUGAUGGAUCUGCACGCAACAUGCCUGGAUCUCAGAAUGGAUCUCCCCGCAGAGCAGUUCCUGGAGCUUCAGCUGUCUUCCUUUGCUCAUCACGCUGUCAGGAACUUAAGGCAGCUGUGCAAACCCCAAGAAGGGUGCAAGUAAAAGGUCCAGGACAGGGACAGCAAGUCCAGAGGUCAGAUAGAGGCCUUCAGAAGCAGACUACAGCCCUCUCCAGAGCGACCUCCAGUGAAAGGGAUCUAUCUACAAGACGUCCAGCUAGGAGAACUAGCUCUGAAAGCCCCUGCAGGGUGGCUCAGAGAAACGGGGCUGGCAGAGUGUCUGGAGCCAGGCAGCAACAAGACAAAGAUACCUUUAAACGUCAUGCCUCAUCUCCAAGCAUAAACAUACUAAGCCGAGUGACCAGCCGUUCUUCCCUCCGCUCUUCGUCAUCUGAUUCAAGUGGAAGAGCAAAGAGCGAGGAUGACACAAAGAAGAAAGGGCAGAGAUCUGCAUCUCGGCUGAAUGACAGAGUCACCUGGAGGAGGAUCAGGGAUGAAGAUGUACCUCAGAUCUUGAAAAGCACUCUGCCAGCCAAUGCAUUACCUCUGGUGCCUUCUCCUGAUGAGGAAAAGCCAAAGCCACCAGCUCUUCCUGGAAAACUGCCAACCAUUCUACUCGCAUCUCGCAAGACAAGUGACGCAACAGUCCAGACAGAGGAUUUUACAAACAAUAAGACCAACUCCAGCACCUCUCCAACAGUCGAAACAGCUCCAGUGAUCUCUGAGGAAGUGGCACGACUUGCCCUCUUCAGGAAGAUCAGUGCCACCGCCGGGAGUAAUCUCCAGGAAGGUGAUUCAGAUGGUUCCCUGAGGAGCCACAGCACCGUCUCCACAGGAACAUCAGACAGCCACAUGGGUGGAGCCGUCCAUUUCCGCCAAGGAUCCCCCAGCAGGGCCGUCCGAGUCACCCCAUUCAACUACAUCCCCAGCCCCAUGGCCUGCUGCCUGCAAGACACACCGAACCAAGCAGCCACAAUCAAUGAGAAGUCAGGGGGGAAAAGUGAGUCAUAGAACGUUUAGAGGAUUACUGGAUGACUCUACUGUGUUCCUGAAUGAAACUCGGCUCUCAGGUGGAAAAGUGAGAAGUGUGCUGGUCCCUAUACCUCGGGUAUUGGCCCUUUACUUUCCCCAUUCACUGCAUUCAAGUUUUUUCUCUCUGAACAGUUGAUCACAGCUUCCAUCUACCAUUCAUACAGGGUUGGAUGUAUGCAUUGAGACAGGUCUGACAUGAACAGACCGAUAACUUUUAGAUGCACUUCAGAGAAAAAUCUCACACGAAGAGGAAGUGCAUCUUUUUGUACUUUUUUGUAUUUGUAGAAUAACCAUUGCCUGGUAGAAAUGUAGUGGAAACAAAGCAAAAGACAAUGAACUUGAUUUCAGCACAUGAAUCACCAUCGGUCUCCAGGACAGAAUCGAUAAAAAGAACAAUAUUAUGCAAACUUUUGAAUGAAAACUCAGCUGGACUUUUACCUGGAAAAGGUACAAAACUGUGGUGGACUGUUGACAGACUUUCACAAAGGACAUAAAUAUUCCAACAUGUAAAGUAUUUUUUACAUACAGUACAUCAAUGCUUUGGGCCUUUGCCUCACCACUCAACUGAACAUGAUACACUGUUAGCCUUCCCUGUUACAUACGGAGCCCAGCGAGGUUGGGGGUUCAUUUUUUGAUAAAACAUUCCUUCAAAUGAAUUAGCAUUAUCACUUUUAGUUCAUUUGUCCUCGUCUUCUCAGCACUUUCACUGUAGACCAUCUAGAUUUGAAACAGUUUCAUUUUGACAUUGGACUGAGGUACAUGGAUAUAACUCUGGGUUUUAGACAUUUAACAUAAUGUUGGGUUGUUGCUGAAACCCUUCGAUGUAUAUUACAGGAUAACAUGAUCAAAUCUUUGAUUAUAUGAAUAUUAUCCAGAAUAAAACUUAAACUACAAAAGUAGCUUCAAGGAGCUGGAGCUCUGUGAAGCUAUAGAUAAAUGCACAAGAAGGAGGAAUUGAUUUUGUAAUUAAAAAGGCAAGAAUUAUAACUUGAGAGAAUUGGUUAAGUACAAACAAUUACUCACAGAUAGGAGUGGGCAAUAUGAAAUUAAGUUCCAUUACUUUUUUAUUUAAUUCUAUGUGACUGUUGUUGUAUAAUUCUUCAAAAAUCAAUUGAGGAUCUUUUACGAAUGUUUGUUUUUGGCUGAUUCAUCAAAUUAAACAUCUAACAAGUGAUGUUUCAUUACACUAAUUAGCCUAAUACAAGCAGAAAUGUUAUUGGAAUACAUAGUAAAUAUAGUAGUAUCACCAAAACCUACUUACAGGAAUGUAAUAAAUAUAGGUAGCACUCAAAUUAUGAAUAUGAGGGGAUGAUUUAUCAAAAGUUUUCACUCUGUCACCUGCUGGACCCUGUUUCCACCACUGCUGCAGAAAAUAUGAUAGCAAAGACACCAUUUUCCAAACUAUCCGCUGAUUCUGGGUCACAUCACACUCUCCUGUACUUUGUGUCUUAAUCAGUAUUGUAAAUAACAUGCAGAUAUACAAAAUCUUCAAAGCUUCCUGGUGGGCAAAAGAAUCUUGGUGUUGCUCCCUGACAGCAUGCUAAUAUAUUCAUGGACUGUAUACACACAACUGUUAACAUUGUGGACACUGGAUGACAAUGAGAGCGUUCCUAGCCAUCUGUAUUAUUGUGCCGCCGAGACCUAUAAUGCUAUAAAGUGUCAGCAUAGAUGAACAAAGCGAUGACAUGCUGACAUGUUAAUUGAAUGCAAUGACAUUAUAUUUGUGUUUGCUACUAGAUUCAGGUACUGUUUGCUGUUUCCUGUCAGGAAAUGAAAAGACUAUCUGAUUGGAUGAUUCAUCAGGCAGGUAUGUGUCCUUACAGAAGUUACCCUCUGGAAGUCUUUAUAAACGUGUUAAUAUCUGCUUAACUGUGUUGCUGUAAAAGUAGUGAUAGGUCGAGAAGAAGUCGAAUAUUAAGACAAUGAAUAUUCUCUGUAGUUGUACCAUCACUCCUCCAUGUGUGCUUGAAGAUCAAAGGCAGCAGAGAGAUGGACAGAACUGACAUGAAUCUACACCGAGGGGCUGUUCAUUUGAAAAACAAGGUUUUCUAUUUACUACUACCACCCUAUUGUAUUUCCAAAGCAUGUUUUGAGUAUGAAUAAAACCCAAGUAGCUUUUGAAUGCAAACCUUUCAUGUCCCACUUUAAGAUAUUAAAGUGAUACUCUGACAUUAAUCCUUUGAGUAUCAAGCACUCACCCAUUAUAUAUGAGCUCAAAUAAGGAAUCAUUGUGGAAGUCUGAAAUGAUGGAUUUUAAAGCCUGUGGUUGUUUAUCAUGCUUCACAAACCAAUAAGAAAUUCAAGUCUGAGAAUGUGUAAAAAGAUUUGUAGUUUCAGAAAAAAAAACUGUCUAAAUGAAUUUUAUGCACAAAAUGAUAUCAACAGUGAGGUAACACACAUUUAACAACAAGAAUUUUAGCCCUAUUAUUGCUGUAGAUAUAAACCAAAAAACAUCAGCACUAAUAUAAUUUCUGCAGAUUUUUCUCAUAUUUUUUCAACCACAAAAAAACCCUGAAACCCAAAAACAAAACUUAGAAUCAGAGUUGUCCACAGCAUGAAUAAUGAGUUAUUACAAUCCACACAAAAAGAUCAAAACAUAACUCAGCUUCAAUCUGUUCGUAGCUGAACUGGGGCUGCUCUGACCAGCUACCAGUUAUUUAAUCAAUUAGUCAAGUGACAGACAAUUAAUCUGCAACUGUUUUUAUUUUAAAAUAUUAUUGUUUUAGUCAUUCUUUUAUGCAGGAAGGUGAAAAUUUUGUUGUUUCUAACAUCUCAAAUGUGAGGACUUGAUAUAAAAACUGAGAAUCUUUGAAUAAUCUUUGAUUAUGAGCUCUUAAAAACGAAGACAUUUUAAUAUUCAAAAUUUUCUGGCAUUUUGUAGAUGAAACGAUUAAUCAAUAAAAAAUAAUCUGCAGAUUAAUCAAUCAACAUAAUCAAGAAUUGUCCCAAAGCUUGAGAAAAAUAAUUAAAUAUCAGAUUUUAAUUGUUGUCCUUAUUGCCCUGUUUUAACUGCAUUUUGUUUUACACAUUCACAAACCUGAGUGUUUAACAGGUUUAUAACAGGUGAUAAGAAACCAGAGGCUGCAAAAGUUUUUCUGAACAUCGUUUCACAAACUUCAAACCUUUUUGUGCUUUACUGAAGCCCAUACCUGUAGUUUAAAGAGCAAAUUUCUAAACUUUGUAAUCAAGCAUUUAAUACUGGACAGUGGAGAAUCACUAACAGCCCCUACAUGGUUAAAGAAGCAAUGACGCCUGUGUGAAGGAGAUGAACGGGGAAUUCAACACCAUCAGAAGGUCCUGGGAGUUUGUCCACCAUGGCUGCUGGUGGCCUUGUUUAUACUGGGCUGGGGUCAGUUUCUGGACUAAACCAGGUCCAAACUGCUGCAGGUGGAUUUUAACAAUUUGACUUCACCUGCUCCAAGUCACAAUCUAAAUGUUUAAUUAUUAUGGUUAUUUAAUUAUGUGCGAACACACACACACACUGACACACACAGUUUAAAUCAGUUAUCAGGUCCCAGCCUUUCAUGUGUGAACAAGGCCACAGAGGUGUUAUGGUGUCAUGUGAAAUAGGCAAAGCAACAGAGAAAUGUCAUUUUAAGUGUUUUCAUCCAAUAAAAAGUGACGUGUUUCAUUAAGCCGCUGUGUCGACCCCUUCAUUCAGACAGGUAUAAAGGUAUAAAACUAUAGUGAUGUGACUGAAAACAUCAUCAUGGUGAUUUUUUUAUUUUUUCUUAUCCACUGACAGUGACUGUGAAUGUAGAGAUGUGUCCAGUCUUAAAACAGUGAUUUUUAAAACAUUUACCUAUAGGGUCAAUGCUAAGCUGUGAUACAGCUGAGGCAACAAUACAUCCAUGAAACCGUUUUAUUUUUUAUUUUUAGAAAGUUACUGUGUCACUGUGCAGUCAGUAUGUAGCCUCUUUGGUACGGUGGCCCUGAGAGCUCAACGCACUGCAACUUAAAGUGAUAGUUCAGGUUAUUCGACGUA